CAAGCCAUCCUGCAGGCUCACAACGACGAGCGGGCCCAGAGCGGCGCGCCUCCCCUGGCUUGGAGCUCAGACCUGGCUGGGAAGGCGCAGAGCUGGGCAGACAACUGCCAGCUGCAGGUGGCCGGGUAUGGGCAGAACCUGGGGGCAGGCUCCGCCUGGACCAGCUGCGAGGCUGCCCUGCCCCUGUGGCUGGCAGGGAAGAGCAGCUACACCCCUGGCGGCACGCCGCCUCAAGGUGGGUACGCGCUGUCCUGGACCCAGGUGGUGUGGAAGGGCUCCACCGAACUGGGCUGCGGCCUGGCACAGUGCCCGUCCCUCGGUGGCUUUGUCGUCUGCUUCUACAACCCUCCUGGCAACGUGGGCGGCAGGUUCCCGGACAACGUGGGCCAGGCCUGA